AGAUAGAAAGCUAUAAGGCCACCACUACACAAUCAUGUUGUAGUAUAAUAUAAUUUUUUAUAUAUUAUAGGAGGAAUUUACAUGAAAUAUAGGAAAAUUCAAUAAAAUUUGAUAUAUAUGGCUUUUUUUUGUGUGUGCAUUUUUUAUGGUUUUUUUUGUUGUUUUCCUUUUUUAUGGGUUUUGUUUUCCCAUAUUUAUCAAAACGUUGCUUUUGUAUCCCAUAUUUUUUUGUAUACGUUUUUUUAUUCUAUAGGGGUAUUUUUAUGAGGGAAUUUUUGUCUUUUUAUUAUUAUUAUUAUUUUUUUAUUAUUUUGGUAAACAUUUUUGUAAGAAAAUUUUAUUUCAGUAGUUUGUUUAUUAUGCUUUUAUAUGUAUUUUUGUGAGGGCUUUUCAGUCAUUUUAUGUAUUUUUUAUAUUUUUUUUUUUUUUGAAUUUUUUUUUUUUAAGGAAAUGAAUUCACAGUAUGCAUGCAGGUACUUGAGUACAUAUGCUCUAUCACGUUUUUAUCUGCUUCCCGUUUUAUCAAUUUUAUUAGUAUAUUUUAUUAAGUAUCACGUUUUCUUCAGUGGUGAUUUGUGUUCUUAGUUUUCGUUCUUGUGUUAGGGUUUAUUUGAGUUUUUUGUUGUCGAUUUUGUGUCCUCUAUGCGUGUCUUCGUCUCGGUGAGUACCUGGUUUCAGGUAUGUCUUUCUCCGUUUGCUUCAGUAUCACGUUUUUUAUAUAUCGUUUGGUUCGAAGUUUUUCUUUCUUUUAGCAUUUUGUUUUUUGUGUUGAUUUCUUCUUUUUUUUUCUUUUUCUUAGGAUUUUUAUAAGUUUCUCGUUGUGGAUUUGUGCCUCUUUGUGGUGUUUUCGUAUCGGUGAGUACCUGGUUUCAGUUUUUUCAUUUUUUUUAUUUUUUUAAUGUAAAUUGAUUGUUAAUUUUGCUUUGUAUUAUAUAUUUUUCUGUCGUGGGUGGUUAUUUUUUAAUCUGUGUUAAUGCUGGUUUUUAUUUUUGGUGCACGAUUUUAUCGUUAGUUUUUUAGUGGGUUUUUGUCAGUUUUUGAUCAGUUUAUUAUUUGGGAAGUUUAUGGGUAGUUAUUUGUAAUUUGUGCUCUAUAUAUAUGUAUAUCUGUUAUUCUUUUUUCAUUUGUGUUGUUUGUUUUUUUUAUGCAGUGCAUUGUAUAUUUCUCUUGCUCGAAUUUGUGUGAUGGAUCACUGUGGUGAAUGCGGUGGUGUUUCUGGUUCUGAGAAGAAAAUUUCUGGUAUAGUAGAGGAUGAAUCGAAGAAUGUAGGGGAUGAUAUUGGCGAGAUUCUUCCUCGAAGGAGUAACAUUACACAUUUGAAGUCUGUUGCAAGGAAGAAGAGUAAAUCCCCUUCCUCUGUUGCAAGGAAGACAAGUAAAUCGCCUUCUACUGUUAAACAGACGAAGGAUUCGUGUGCAUCUGGUAGUAAGGAUACUGGAAAUGAUUCUCAUGAGACUAAACAUGUUGUGGUAUGUGUUUAUUUUUUUAAUUAUUAUAAUAAAAAAUUGUUCAUCUGUUUAUGUUUCUGUUAUUGUGUUUCACAUUGGGUGGAUUAUGUUUGUUUUAUUUUUUUAUGGUUGUGUAUCUGGUUUCUUGUAGUUUUGUAGUUAAUUUGCAUAAUGUUCAAUUCUGUUUUGUGUUUGUUUUAUUGUUAUUGUUGUGUUUUCUUUUGUUGUUAAACUGUUUUAUUUUUUUUUGUACUUGGUUACAGGUGUACCUGGUUAUAUGUGGAUUCUGUUUUUUUAAUUUUUUUAUGGUUGUGUAUCUUGGUUCUUGUAGAUUUGUAGUUAAUUUGCAUAAUUUUAAAUUCUGUUUUGUGUUUGUUUUAUUGUUAUUGUUGUGUUUUUUUUUUUUUGUUAAACUGUUUUAUUAUUUUUUUGUACCUGGUUUAAUGUGUACCUGGUUACAUAUGUACCUGGUUACUUUGCAGAUAACAGUGAACGAUUUUGCUUAAUGAUUUUUUAACUGGUUACCUUAGUGAAUGAAUUGUUUUUUUUUUUAUAUGUAUAUUUCAACCAUACAAAGUUAAAUACAUAUAAGUGGUUUUAUAAAUGUAAAGUACUUAUCAAUUUUUCAUGUUUAUAUUUUUUGAAACUGGUUGCAUGUUUAAUUGUUUUGUUUUUUUCUGCAGGCUCAUUUAAAGAUAAACCCCUCCAAGAGGUUUGGUAGUAAGGUUCAACAUUUUAAUGACAAGAGUGUCAUUACUGACUUGAAAUCUAAGUUGACGAAAAGUCAGAAAUCAUUGUUUAAGAAGACCCCAUUUGGGCACUUUUUAGAAGUAUGUGAUAUUCAUUUUCAAACUCAACUUGCCCAGCUUGUGUUAUUGAGAGAGGUCUCUCAUGAGAGGGAGGAAGAGGAAAUGUGGUUUAAGCUUGGUCGUAGAGUGUGUAGGUUUUCUAUUGAAGAGUUUGCUGUAGUUACAGGUCUUAGAUGUGAUGGUGAUUUUGAUUUAAGUCGUUUUCAAAAAAAGAAAGUUUUGUUUAAGAAAAAAAUAUUUGGCCGUUUUGUUGGUAAGGUGUCAAAGUCUGAAUUACGCAAUGCUUUUAUUAGUAAGGAUCUAGUUGAUGAUGAGGAUGUUGUGAAAUUGGGUAUAGUUCAUAUCCUAGUUAACUAUUUGUACGGCUAUACUAGUGAUAAGUUGGUUGAUGAUUUCUUUUUUGAGAAGGUUGAUCGAGAUUUCUCUGAAUUAGCAAAUAUUAGUUUUGGCAAGUUUGUAUGGGAUAGGAGUUUUCAUUAUUUGAAAACUGCUUUGAAGGGUGGGAAUAAAAUUUUUGAUGGACUGUUUGUUGAUAGGAAGGUUGGCCUUCACCCUUACAAACUUCUUGGGUUUCCCAUUGCUUUUCUUGUAUGGAUAUAUGAAAGUAUAGCUGAGUUGAGUCCUGAGUUUUGUCAACGGGUUGGGAAAAAAUUUCCACGUUUGUUGAAUUGGAAGAGUACAGAUAAUGCCUUCUAUGCAAACUUGGUGGGAAAGGUUUUCAACAAUCAGAAGUUGACUAUCCUGAAUGUCUAUCCGUCUUCUGAGGAGAGAAAGAAACUGGCAGUAAAGAAGUUUAAGUUUGAGCCUCUAUACUUGCCGAAGGUGUGUGCUGAAGAUGGAGACAGUAGUCCGGGUACCCAGGUUGAUAGUGAAAAGUUGAGAUUGAUUUGUGAAUCAAUCUCAUCAAUAAAAGCAUGCCAAGAAACUAUUAUUAGUGACAUUACAGUUAUGAGAUCUGAGUUCAUGGAGAAACUCAGUGAUUUAUCUGCAAUGCAAAAUUUGUUGCAAAAAAUUCUGAAAAAAUUGCAAAUACAAGUGAUGAAAGUGCUGGUUUUAAUGAAGGGGAAAAGCCAGCUGAUUUUGAUAAUGUUUCCAGUCCUAUUUCUGAUGAUUCUAAGGAUUGUGGAAAUGAUUCAGCUGAAGAGUCUGAUGGUAGUAAGGUAACUGGUUUAUGUUUCUUAAUAGUAUGUUGUGUUUUUGUAGUUGUUUAGUGUAACCAGUUACUGUUGUAACCAGUUUCAUUAUUUCUUUAAGGGUGUCGAGAAGGAUUUAAAUGAAAAUUUUGAUGCUGUUUAUUCUGGGUUGGAGUUGUCAAAUGUUGUGGGUGGAGAUAAGGUUUUGUAAUUUAUUUUUGUUUUUGUUUCUUGUAUUAUUUUAUUUAAAAUUGAAUUUGUUGUAAUUAAUUUUAUUUUUAUUCAUUAUAGGAUUUUACAAAGAAGCCUGAGUUCAGUUUAGUUGGUUUAAGUUUUGAAGAAGUUUAUGUGGAUCCAGAGAUUUUGAGUGUUAUUGAUAAAACUGUUAAGUAUGCAGAAGGAGAAAAUAUAUUUAGUGGGAGUAAGGAUGAUUGGAAGGUUGUGAUGGUUGGUGAUGAUGAUGAGGUUCCUGUUGCUAUUGAAAAGAGGGAGCCUAAACCUAGUACUCAUGUCAAGUCUCCUUUUGUUACUGAGUUUGGUUCUUCUGAAGUAAAAGAAACUGUGAAGAGGAAGGGAGAGGAAGUGGUGAUUGUUAGAGGAUUGCUUCCAUUUGAAAAUGAAAUUGGGCAGAAUGUUUCAAAGAAUGAUUGCCUGGAUUAUAUUUCUUGGAUUGAGGAUAAAAUGAAUUUUAAGAAUAAGUAUGUUUUUUUUAUAUUUUGUUUAAUAUUAUUAUUCUUGAUAUUUAAUUGUUUGUUAAUAUAUAUAUAUAUAUUUUUUUUUUUGAAGGAAGAAGAAAUUUUCUGAUGUCAAUAACAUUAUCAAUCCACCAAUGGAUUAUUCUUUUGUUAAAAUUUGUGAGAAAAUGUGGUUUUACAAGCUUCAAACUUGUGGGGAGGAUCUUAUGGACACUGUAAGUAACCAUGUUCUUGUUAUAAUGUUUAUUUAGUAGUAUUUGUUUGUUUAGAUGUUUUUUUUUUUGUUGAUCAUGUUUAAGUCAAGUAACCAGGUUCCUGUUAAUAAGUGUGUAAAUUAUUUUUAAAUUUUGGGUAGUAACUAGGUUCUUUAAAGCAUUGUGUGUAACUUGUUUUUUUUUAUUAUAUAUUGGCUAGUAACCAGGUUCUUGGUAUAAUGUUUCUUAAUUAGUCUUUGUUUGUUUAGAUAUUUUUGUUUUUGUUGUUGAUCAUGGUUAAGACAAGUAACCAUGUUCCUUUUACUACUGUCUGUAAAUUGUUUUUAUUAUUUAUGGGUAGUAACCAGGUUCUUGUAGCAUUGUGUGUAACUUGUUUUUUUUUUAUUAUAUAUUGGCUAGUAUCCAGGUUCCUAACUUUUGUAUGUUUAUUUAUUUUUUGUAGCAUAUAAAUGUAUGUUUUUAUUACUUGAGGAAGAAGAUUAAGCUGAUUGAUGGUUUGAACAAAAGGGUUACAACUACAGACUCUUGGUUUGAUGCAACUAUCAAGGGUUUGUAUGAUAACUUUGUGGCAGCCAAAUGUGAUUCAAGCAGCAUUCGUUUUGAUAAUCUAAUUUCAAAUUACAUUAUUGGUGAUUAUUUGUUUUGUAACACUCCUUGGGUGGAUGUGGAUCAUGUUCUUUUUCCUGUGCAUGUGAAGGUUCAGUUGCAUUGGGUUUUUAUUCACUUUUCCAUUAAGAGUAGGAUGUUAACUGUCUACAAUUCUUUGACGGGGAAGAAGAAUGAGAGUAUUGCUUUGCCAUAUGUGAAGGCUUAUUCUGUUGUUUUACCAUAUUUCCUAGAUUUUCUUGAUUUUUAUUGUUCUAGGAAAGAUUUGGACUUGAAUGUUGGUCCAUAUUCUGUUGGGAAGAAGGAUCCAAUUGAUUUUAACUUUGCCAAAGACUUGCCAUUUCAAGAGGAUAAGUAAGUAACUGGUUUUUUGUAUAUUGUUGUUUAUUUUUCUAUUUUGUUUGUUUUUAAAUAAUUUCAUAUGCUGUUUUUUGUUUUUUUUUUGCAGUGAUUGUGGAGUAUUUGUUAUCAAGUAUGCUGAUUUGUUUAUCCAUGGGAAGAUUGAUGACAUCCCGAAGAACAUGGCUGCCAAAAUUGCUACCUAUCGUGAUUAUCUUGCCAUUAACUUGUAUAGUCAUGCAAAAAAGAAGCAGAUUGGUGGGUACAAGACAGAAGAUGAUGCUCCAUCAAAGAAAUCAAAGAGGAGGAGGAAGAAUAAGUAGAGAUGUUGGAAUUUUUUUUUUAAAGCUGUAUUAACGACCAUGUCUUUUUUUUCUUUCUUUGUUUAAUAGUGAAGUUGUGUUUUGUAAGUGGAUACUGUUUUAGUACUGGACUUAUGUAUGGUUUUUUUUUUUUUUUUGGUCAAUGUAAAGAAUUGGUUUCAACUUUUGGCUUAAUAUAAAGUUUUUUUUACUGUAUUUUAUUUUAAUGUGUAUGUUUUUUUUUCAAUAGAGUUGGUGAUUUUUUUUUUUAAAGUGUGAAGAUAUUGUCAUGUACAUGUUUUUUUUUCAUAUAGGUUUCAAUUAUUAUUGUAUGAAGAUGGUGUAACCGGUUACUUCUGUGUUAGAUUGUAAAAGCUAAAUGUUUCAGGUAACUGGUUACUGUUUCUUUAGUUUCUAUUUCUAUUUUUUUAAUUAUUUUUGUUUGUUGUGUUUUUUUUUUUUUUUUUUUGUGAACGAUUUGUGAUUAUAUAACUAGGUUUUUAAAGUAGUUGGUUUUAUUAGUAUAUAGUUGUUUGUUAAAAUUUCUUAUAGUAACUGCUUUUUAUUUUUUUAUAUUUUUAUGUGUUGUAACCAGGUACUUGAAUUUUCAGUUUUAGAAUAUCUUGUGUUGGAACCUAGAAGUUGAGUAUCAAGUUUAUAAUAUUUAUGUUUUUUUGUUUUUUGGGAAAGAUUUGUGGUUAUAUAAUUAGGUUUUUAUAUCGUUGGUUACAUGUUUAUGUAGUUGUUUGUUAAAUUUACUUAUAGUAUCUGUUUUUUUUUCUUUCUAUAAUAUGUGUUGUAACCAGGUACUUGAGUCUCCAAAUUUGGAAUAUCUUUGUGUUUGGAACCAUGAAGUUGAGUAUCAAAUUUAUAAAAUGUAAA